GGUUUUUGUUAUAUUAUGGGUUUUGAUUUUAGCUGGUUGCAGAGAUUGGUACAACACCAACCUACCCAGUAUCCGACAUCAGAGGAACUAAGCAUUGGAAAAAUUAAGUUCAAAGCAUUUGAUUUGGGGGGUCAUCAGAUCGCCAGGAGAGUGUGGAAAGAUUACUACGCAAAAGUGGAUGCGGUGGUCUACUUAGUGGAUGCAGCUGACAAGGAGAGGUUUGCAGAGUCGAAGAAGGAGCUUGACGCACUCCUCUCCGAUGACUCACUGGCCGCAGUUCCCUUCCUUGUAUUGGGCAACAAGAUUGAUAUUCCCUACGCCGCCUCUGAAGAUGAGCUUCGCUACUAUCUCGGCCUCACAAACUUCACCACUGGUAAGGGCAAAGUAGUCCUUUCUGACUCCAAUGUCCGACCCCUUGAAGUCUUCAUGUGCAGCAUUGUCCGCAAGAUGGGUUAUGGAGAUGGUUUCAAGUGGUUGUCUCAAUACAUCAAGUGAGUGAGAGAGAGAUGAGAGAGUAGAGAUAGAGAGAGAGCUGGGCAUAGCUUCUGAACAAAAGUAUCCUUCUGGCCGAGCCCUUUCGUAAUCUGUUUUGAUUGGUAGAAGAACUCGGUUUUUUUUACGCGUGACGCGUGUUUGUGCUCACCUCUGCCAGAACGGAGAGAUAAAAAUGAUGAUAGUUCUCUAUUUAAUUAAUCCUUGGUGUAAAGUGAGUGUAAUUUUAAUCGGAUUUGAACUCGUCUGUCUCUCGCUUCACUGAAAGGCCAGUCGGUUGCUUCCUGUAGCUGCCUUUUUUUUUUCUUUAUUUAGUUCUCUCCUGGCUGUUGUGCUUUGGCUUCGGUUUUAUUAUACGGUAUGUCUAUGAGUUUCACAAAUUUUGCUUGU